AUUGCAGGAUUCGGAGAACUCAUAAUAGACUUUAAACUACACAAUCUUACACAUUUAGCUAAAAAUGUUAAUUGUUCUAGAGACAACCGUGUCAACCAAGUCCUCUUUCCGGUUCUUUAUUCAAUUCUCUUCGUUGCUGGGAUGAUAAUGAAUGGUUUGGCAAUUGUUGUGUUUUUUCAGUUACCAAGUAAAUCAAACUUCAUAAUUUUUCUAAAAAACUCUGUGAUUUCUGAUUCUUUGAUGAUUAUGACAUUCCCAUUCAAGAUUCUUGGUGAUGCUGGACUCAGACUCUGGCCUGUAAAGGGGUUUGCUUGUCGCUACAGCUCAGUGGUGUUCUACUUUACAAUGUAUAUCAGCAUCAUUUUCCUUGGUCUAAUAACUAUAGACCGAUAUAAAAAAACUGCAAGGCCGUUCAGUAACUCCUGUACAACAAACCCACGUUCUGCCAAGAUCUUGUCGGCUGCAAUAUGGAUAAUAAUGUUUUCGCUCUCAUUACCGAAUAUGAUUUUAACCAACAAGCCAAUGACACAAAAGAAUGUGAGGAACUGUAUAAACCUCAAGUCUGAUUUUGGCCGCAUUUGGCAUGAAACCGUGAGCUUCAUAUGUCAGAUUAUUUUUUGGAUUACUCUCGCUGUCAUAGUGGUCUGCUACCUUCUUAUAACCAGAAAGCUGUUCCAGUCCUUUAAAAGAAACACGAAGGGAACCAUCAAAAUCCAGAAAAAGAGUGAAUGUUAAAGUUUUUAUUAUUAUUGGUAUAUUCUUUGUAUGUUUUGUCCCAUACCACUUUGCUCGGAUCCCUUACACAAUAAGUCAGACACGGGAUGUGUUCAUGUGUUCAGCACAGAAUACUCUGUUCUACGUUAAAGAGAGCACAUUAUUCUUUCAUCUUUAAAUGCAUGUCUGGACCCUUUCAUCUACUUCUUUCUCUGCAGGUCCUUCGAAAUUCACUUAAUAUUAUUUUUGAGGAAAAGGCAGGUCUGUCUUUCUUUAUCUACAAGAGUUAAAACAUCACAGCAAUAUGAUGAAAACAAAGCAGAAACCAAAAUUUAG